UGUCAUUCUUGUCCAUGGAUAUGUCUACCAGGCCUUUCACAUGUCAUAAUAAGCAACCAGCCAAAUCUUUUGGUUUGUUCUCGUCAUAGUUUCUUCGAUGCCACGAGUUUCACUUACUGGGUUGCAUUCUUCAACCAAAAUGUUUCCCAAAAAGAUUUCUUUAGCGCAAUUGGAAGGAUUCCUCGCGCAAAAACUAUAAAUGAAAUUCAAGAGGUUUAUGGAAUUGCAAGGUUACAAACACUUAUUACUCUAUGGAGUACCGUUCUAGGCUACUGGUUCACAGUGGCUUUGAUUGACAGAUCGGGAAGAUUUGCCAUCCACUUGCUGGCCUUCUUCAUGACAGUGUUUAUAUUUGCUUCGGCCAUCCCUGACGACCACUGGACUCGCAAGGAAAACCAAAUAGGAUUCGUGAUGAUGCACUCAAUAACCUUCUUCUUUGCAAAUUUUGGACCCAAUGCCACCACAUUUGUUGUGACAGCCGACAUUUUCCCAGCAAGGUUGAGGUCCGCAUGCCACCGUAUAUCAGAAGCAUCAGGGAAGCUUGGGGCUAUAGUUGGUGCAUUCGAUUUAUAUUCGGCUCAGAACCCGGACAAAGCCAAGGCCUGUGCUGGAUACCCUGCUGGUAUUGGGGUGCGCAAUUCGCUUAUUGUACUAGGUUUUAUUAACCUCUUGGGUCUGCUGUUUACUUUCUUGGUGCCAGAAUCGAAGGGGACGUCUUUGAGACGAUGUCCCGUGAGAAUUGAGGAGCAAGAGCAGUAAUGGUGGCCUGGAAAAAAAACCCCU